CUGGCUGCUGCUUGUCCUGCCCUCCUCUGUAAUUCUGAGAGUUUGAGUCAGUAGGAGUGAACUGCUAAGUGUAUCCUGCAGUCUCUCAGAGCGCACACUGACUCCCCUUGUAUGAUGUCUCCUCUCAUUGCCCGCCUGCUGCUGCUUGUCUGCUUGGCUUUACCUCUCUAUGGCGUGGAAAAGGUGAGAAAUAGAGGAUACCGAAAGGAUCCUGACGCUGACAAGUUUGGCAGUUGCAUGCAGGGGCCAGCAGGCACCUCUGGCAGAGAGGGUAACCCUGGUACCAACGGCAUCCCGGGAACGCCGGGUAUUCCAGGUCGCGAUGGGCUGAAAGGCGAGAAAGGCGAAUGCAUCAACGAGAUCUUUGAAGAGGUGUGGAGGCCCAACUACAAGCAGUGUGCCUGGAACUCUCUGAAUUAUGGGAUUGACCUGGGUAAAGUAGCUGACUGUACGUUCACCAAGCUUCGUACAGACAGCGCCCUCAGAGUCCUCUUCAGCGGUUCCCUCAGACUCAAGUGUAAGAAUGCUUGCUGCCAGAGGUGGUACUUCACCUUCAAUGGAGCAGAGUGCACAGGACCCCUGCCCAUAGAGUCCAUCAUCUACUUAGACCAAGGAAGUCCUGAGCUCAACUCAACCAUCAAUAUACACAGAACAUCCUCAGUUGAAGGGCUGUGCGAGGGUGUCAAAGCAGGGCUGGUGGAUGUGGCCGUGUGGGUUGGGACCUGCGCCGACUAUCCCAGAGGUGACGCAUCUACAGGGUGGAAUUCAGUAUCCAGGGUUAUCAUUGAGGAACUGCCCAAAUAAAUGAAAAGAUUACACGUGUGGGAGGCAUCAGUCCUGGUACUAUGACAGUAUGUUAUCUGGCCCUCCAAAACGAUCAGGUAUGGUUUCCUGAGGCGCCACAGCAUCACUGAUGGUAACUUGAAUGUUUUAUUUUUAUUUUCUUAAAAUACCAUACUAGCCGACAGGCCCAUAAACAAGAAUACUGUGUCAUUCUGUCUACCAGAAAUAAACGUUGUACUGUAGCUUUUCUGCUUAUGGGUGCUGUUGGUAACCUUUCAAUGGUCAUUGACAAUACUUAAACUACGUACUCAUGUGACAUGUUUAUAUUCAUUAUAACUGUUAAUAAAGUCAUCUUUUUU